UUGGAGAAUGGAGCGCCGCUGCUAGAAGUGGCAACAUCCAACGCAUGCUUAUUCGCGAGCCUAAUUCAAUAAAGCCAGUCGCACACCAGACGAAUCUGCAACCCGGCCGAGGUUGGAACUAAGAAAGUGUUUGGACACCUACACUGAAUCAUACACCUGUGGUGGCAUAUUUGCCGGCAUAUUUAUUUUUAAUCACUAGUGGAAUACGACAGGAUGACACUGAUGGGUUGGCUGUGUGUUUGGGCACUUCCUGUCCUGCUUGGAACCGCUGUCUCUGUCUGCUGGUUGGCUGAAGGGAGCAGGAGUAUGGAUACAGCAAACACAGCAGAGGACACCUCCCAGGGACCACAGACCAGGAAGAGUGGAGAAGCUGACAGGGUUGCCGAUCCAUUCCACUCUGGGUCAAACGGAGGUCCCUGCAAGAGGACAAACUGCGGGAGGGGCCGCCAGUGUGUGCUGCUGGAGGCGACGGGCCGGGCAGAGUGUGUGUGCCAGGAGAAAUGUCGACCCACCUUUGUGCCGGUGUGCGGCUCCGACGGCAGGUUCUACGAGAACCACUGUGAGGUGUACCGCACCGCCUGCCUGCAGAAGAGAAGGAUCUACGUGGUGCACAGCAAGGAUUGCUUCUUCAAAGGAGACACGUGCACCAUGGCAGAUUACAACAAGCUGAAGAGUAUGCUGCUGGAUAUGCAGCCUAAAGGCCUGAAUGGCAGGGACAAGAACAUUAAGAGAGACAUGGACCAGAAGAGAGCCCUGGUGGACACCAUGUUUAAGUACCUGGACGUGGACGGGGAUGGCCGUCUGUGCAGUGGCGAGCUGGAACAGAUCUCUAUGAAGGAGCACCUAGAAGACAGUUUGCUGGAGUGCACCAUGCAGGACCUGCUCCGCUACGAUGACUACAACAACGACGGACACCUCACUUUGCACGAGUUCUACACCGCUUUUCAGGUUGUUCAGCUGAGCCUGGCUGAGGACCAGAGAGUGAGCGUCUCCACGGUAACAGUGGGACUCAGCACCGUGCUGUCCUGUGCAAUCCAGGGGACGCUGCGGCCGCCAAUCAUCUGGAAGAGGAACGGGAUCAUACUCAACUUCCUGGACCUAGAGGACAUCAAUGACUUUGGUGAUGAUGGCUCCCUUUACAUCACCAAGGUGACAACCAUCCAUAUGGGGAAUUACAGCUGUCAUGCGUAUGGAUAUGAAGAGCUCUGCCAGACCCAUGUACUGCAGGUGAAUGUUCCCCCAGUGAUCCUGGUCUACCCAGAGACGCAAGCCCAGGAGCCUGGUGUGUCUGCCAGCCUGCACUGCCACGCCGACGGCAUCCCCAACCCCAAGAUCCUGUGGCUGAAGAACGGCAUGGACCUGCAGCCCUCCAAGCAGCUCUCCCUCAUCGCGAAUGGGAGCGAGCUCCACAUUGGCAGUGUACGCUAUGAGGACACAGGCGCCUACACCUGCAUUGCUAAGAAUGAGGUGGGGGUGGACGAGGACAUAUCGUCUCUGUUUGUAGAGGACUCAGCCAGAAAGACACUUGCAAACAUACUGUGGAGGGAGGAAGGGUUGAGCGUAGGGAACAUGUUCUAUGUGUUUUCUGAUGAGGGCAUCACGGUGCUGCAGCCCAGCGAGUGUGAGAUACGCAGACACAUCAAGCGCACAGAGAGGAUCAUGGCCAGCUAUGAGGAGAUGUGCCCUAAAAGUGAAGGUGUGUCUCCGGAGCACUGUGUGUGGUCCUCAGCGGUCAGUGUGAGGGAUAAGUACAUUUACGUCACCCAGCCCUUUCAGAAACGCCUGCUGGUCAUCGACACCCAGGCCCAGAAUGUGGUGCAGAUGGUAGAGACUGACCCUUUCCCAGUGAAACUGCUCUAUGACAAGUCACAUGACCAGGUCUGGGUGCUAAGCUGGGGCAGCAUGCAGAAGUCCCACCCAACCUUACAGGUGAUUCCCCAGGCCAGUGUUGGAGAGGUGCACCACACCCUCCGCACCCCCUUCCAGAGGGUUGAUGACUUCUUCAUCCCCCCAACCAACCUCAUUAUCACACACAUCAGGUUUGGCUUCGUCUUCCUCAAAUCUGAACCUGCGGUGCAUAAGAUUGACUUGGAGACCUUCCACCGAGUAAAGACCAUCAGCCUGAAGAACUACAGCUGUGUGCCCAUCAGCAUGGCCUACACACACCUGACUGGCUUUUACUUCAUUCAGUGCCGGUCUCAGAGCAGGGACCCCUCGUCAGCCCAGCCACAGCUCCUCAUCGACAGUGUCACCGACACUGUCAUUGGGCCCAACCUCAACAUCACGGGCCAGCCCUACGUGUCCCCGGACGGCCGCUACAUCAUCACCCCUGACCAGCAGUGCGGCAAGGUCAGAGUUCAGACAGUGUCCUUCCAGGGGGUGCUGGGUCUGAGCCGGGAGCUGGACACCUCCUUCAUUGUGUCCGACCUGGUCUUCCAGCCCUCCUUCACUAAGUCCAACCAGUACUCAGUGGUAGCUGCCUCUGGCUCAGGCACAGACCUGCUCAUCUCUGACCUGGCGACAGGGCACAGCGAGGUCCUCAGAAGCCUCAAGGAGCCCCUGUCACACCACACCUGGCCCUGGGGGGGGCCCAACAGGGUGGUGGUGUCCAGCGGACUGUUUGGCCUGUACUUGGUCACUCCCUCAGCGGAAUCCCUCUUUGUGUUGAACGGCAAACUGAACACGCCCCACUGCGAGGUGUCAGACAUCAAGAGAGGGAACACAGUGGUGUGGGUGGGAGAGGUAUGAGAGAGAGGGAAGAGGUGGAGAGAGAGAGAAAGAGAGAGAUCAGGCCAAAACACUUAAGAUAUAUAUGGACAUAAGUGGACUCAACCCUGGGGCUGAGCGCGAGGAACACAUGCCUGGGUUAUUGUAACAAAAGUACACAAAAAAUAGUAAUUUAAAAAAUAUUUAGAAAAUCCUAGUAUGGUAUUUUUACGGGGAGAAGGUGGGUGGUGAGGCCCUUUAGUGCAACUGUGAUCUAUGUGCACUUAACUAAGAGGAGUUGUACAUUGCACUUCCUUGUAACACUGCAGAUAACAGGAGAGGGAUAUAAUGAUGACAUUUUGAAAAUUUAACUAUGCACAAUGCUCACUUUUAUAGACUAACGCUUUUUGGUUUCGAGAUGUUUGUCGUUCACCAGUACUGCAAAUAGUCAUAACAAGACGUCUGUCUGCCUCUAGUGUAUACAUGUGUUUUCAGUCCUUUUCAGAACCACAGCACCCUGUUACUUGCCUUUGUCCUUGUCCAUGUUAUUGUACGCUUUCUAUAAAAGCUCUCAUGCUGACCAACACAUACAGGUUGGCUUGAAACAUGUUGUACCGUAUUAGUCAUGACCUGUUACUUUCCAAAGAGAAUACUUUUCCAUCCAUUAGCUGAGAACAGUAUCUAAUAGCAAACAGUAGAAAACCCAUCAGAGGAUAACAUGUUAUUGUACAAAGAAUAGAUAUGGUAUAGUAUGCCCCCCACCCUCUCUCACAAAGUAAGCCUACUUCCAGUUUUGAUCCAGUGACCUCCUAGUCCACUGUCCACUGUCUAGCAUUGUAAGGGUCUUGUUCAUCAGCAUGGAGGUAUUGUAAGUCCUGUGUAUCCAGUUUCUGCCCUAUAGCUUAGUUCCCAUUCUUCAACUGCUCCACAACUGAAAUACAGCUUUCCCUCGUAAUGAGUAGCUGUGCUUAUUACCCUAAUACUGGCUAGUACUGUAUGUGAUGAGCAAGUAAUAGCAAAACAAGACUGUAAAAAAAGACACAAACCAAGAUAAAGGGAUGUGUUGCUUAUGUUUGUGAUUUAGAUAUUUGUUGCUACAGUAACUGCCUUUACUCAAUCUGACACAAAAGCAAAGGCUUGAUGAUGUUUCUUAGAACACUGUUGCAUUGAGAGAGAAAUAUGUCUGUAUUCCAGGAGUGAGGCAGAGAUGUGUAAUAUAUAUAUAUAAAAAAAGCCCAAUUUGAAGCCCAAUUAUUUUGCAGUCAUGGGAAAAAAAACAUUUCAGGAAUUACCAUCAAAAAGCAUCAGGCACCCAGACCAAAGUACUUAUUUGCCACCAUUACAGAGUAACUUCAGAAUGAUUCAUACGAGUCACCACCAAAGGCAUCAUCAGAACUGAAUGUUCCAUAUGCAUGUACUGAGAGUUGAGGCUCAUCUCACUAUUGUUUAAGAGCAUUUCGGCUGGGAUUCAAUCAAAGGCGCGUUAUCGACAAGGUAAUUUUCGCUUGAGCCGACAUCCGCAGCAUUUACAGUGAAUGCAAUCUCCACAAUAUUCAGGAAAAUUGCCUUCAAAAGGUGCAUUGCCGCUAGUGCAAUGCGCUUUCCAUCAAUGCGCCUCUGAUUGAAUCCCGGACUUCACAAACAGUACAGUUGCUGGUGAAAAUGUCACAUACAUUACAUACCUGUUCUCUAACCAAGACCAUGGCUGCAGACCUGAACCUCUUGGUAUGAUAUUGACAUUAGAGACACUGAUGUAGAUAUAAAUUGUUCUUGUUUAGAACACAUUCAAACAUGAAGUGUACAGUUUUCUUUAUGCAUUUUGUGUGUUCUUGUUUAUGAGGGAAAUGGUUUGUAAAAUAAUAUCUAAUAAAAUGACAAAAGAAACGUGCAGCUGUGUCAAAUUAUAAAUUACUUUGAACAACAACAAAAAAAUGAAUAUUCAGGGACAAAUUUCACCAAACGCAUAUGUUUGUUGCUAAUGUGAGGACAAACUAUGGUAUAAAACCCCAAACUGAUCAUUUUACUGUAUAUGUAUUUCACCGUUCAUUACAUCAAGUUGUUAGAGCUACAGUUAUAUCAAGUUGUUAGAGCUACAGUUACCUCAAGUUGUUAGCGCUACAGUUACUUGAAGUUGUUAGCGCUACAGUUACAUCAAGUUGUUAGCGCUACAGUUACAUGAAGUUGUUAGCGCUACAGUUACCUCAAGUUGUUAGAGAUACAGUUAUAUCAAGUUGUUAGAGCUACAGUUAUAUCAAGUUGUUAGCACUACAGUUACAUGAAGUUGUUAGCGCUACAGUUACAUGAUAUUGUUAGCGCUACAGUUACAUCAAGUUGUUAAAGCUACAGUUACAUCAAGUUGUUAGAGUUUGUUGAUAUCUGGCCUCUGGAUUUGGCUAUUUUGUGCAGCAGUUUCUCAUAUGGCAUCCUGACACCUGGACAGCACAGGUCUGAAAAUGUUGCAGACAUCCCUUUGUCACAUCUGACUCUCUUUACAAUAUUCUUCUUCCAUCCUAAGCCCAAUCGAUCCAGUGUAGCUUUCUGUCUGAAACCAGGCAAGAGUAGUUUCUAAAUGAGGAGUGCCAUUUGUAAUGCUCAGAAGAGUGGCCCAGACCCGCCAAUGGCGAACACAGCAGCACUUUGUUUUUUUUGUUGAGUUGAGUCAGGAUGUGUCCAGUGGUAAUGGGUUUUGAGUUGCCCCAGGACAACAUACUAGCUCUUCUUCAGCAGUUACGACAAUGGCCAGUCUCAACAGGGGACUUGUUGCUAACUAGAGCAACAGUAGUAUGUCUGAGGAAAAACCCAUCCAGACAGCACACAUUCUUGACUAACAGGCAGAAACCAGAUCCAGAUGCCCCCCAUAUAAUAGCUAGAGACUCUGUUGAGAUGUGAGACAUUGACUCAACACUAACAAUAUAUUAGCGUUGUGCUGAUACUUGGCUGAAACAUGCAUUUUUAGCACCAUUUAUACAUGGCUCUAACAUGCGUGCUUCAUCCUGAUAAUGUCCUGAUCUUGUCCUGAUCUUGUCCUUAUCUUGUCUGUUUACACUUAUAAGAUCUGAUAAGAAUCAGAUCACAAUGCAUCUUUUAAUCUUCUACAGCUGUCUAAAAUUGUGGGCACAAUCAGAAUGUGAUCAGGACAAAGGACACAUGUUAGCACUAGGUAUAAAUGGAGCUUGAGUUACCAUCCCUAAGAAACUGGCUAAGGAAAGACAAGAUACGCCUGCCUCUAAAUCUCACAUUGUUAACAGACCUGCACAGUUCUUUACGCACUAAAACCCAUGUAGUUAUCAGAUAUGAAUUCAUAUAGGCUCAACUAAGAGUACUCAAAUCAUCAGAUAUGUCAAAUGCUUUAUUAAUAUCAACAACACAAGAGGCCUAAAUUAGAGGAUAAAUGUGUGCUGUUCUACGAUCUUUGACAACCUAGGCAACCUUAAAGGCUUGUAGCUGUAUCCGUGCUGGUUUAUCUCUAUGCAACACAUUCUCAUUGUUAAGGCAAUAACUGUUGUAUGAUGUAUGUGUUUUGUGAGUAGAUUUUUCCUAAGAUGUUAAAAAAAUGUGGGUGUAUAAAUGUAUUACUUAUCGUCCAAUUGUUAAAGGGAAACUCCACUCAAAAACUAUAUUUUGGUAUUUAUUUUAAAAUUAGUAAUAAUAAUAUGCCAUUUAGCAGACG